GUUCUAUUUGCCGAGAAAGAGGAGAGACAGAGAGCCAGAGAGAGAGAGAGGAAGAAGAUGUCUCACUUUGGGAGAUACGGUCCUCCGGAUAUCGUAGACACCUAUUCUUUGCUCGUCCUCAACAUCAGUUUCCGUACGACUGCGGAUGAUCUGUACCCGUAUUUCGACAAGUAUGGCAAGGUUGUGGAUAUCUUCAUCCCGAAAGAUCGAAGGACUGGUGAUCCUCGUGGUUUUGCAUUUGUUCGCUAUAAGUAUCAAGACGAAGCACAUAUGGCUGUUGAAAGGCUAGAUGGCAGGGUUAUUGAUGGCAGAGAAAUUAUGGUUCAGUUUGCAAAGUAUGGGCCAAAUGCGGAGCGAAUUCACAAAGGAAGGGUUAUUGAGCGAAUGCCACAUACUAGAGGCAGAUCGAGAAGCCGCAGCCCCCGGCGGAGGUCCAGGGAUGAUUAUUACAGAGAGACAGAUUAUAACAGGAGGCGGAGUCGCAGCAGGAGUGGGGAUGGGUAUGACCGUGGGCGGCACAGAGGGAGGGAGAGAGAUUACCGCCGUCGAAGCAGGAGCCGCAGUGCAAGCCCAAACUAUGAUAGAGGUCAUGGUAGUGGGCGAUAUGAUGAUGAUCGGCACAGGAGUAGGAGUCGGUCCUUUGAAAGUGCCUCCCCUCGUCGAUCCAGCCUUAGUCCACUGAGAAGUUUGUCCCCCCGGAGGACACCCUCUAGGGAUGAGAAUCCUACCAGAAGCAAACAUGUUGAACGAUCUCCAACUGCUCGAAGCAUUUCACCGAAACAACUUGAUGAUUCUCGAAGCGUUUCCCCUCGUAAUUCAGACAUUGAUGAGUGACGUAGGAUGGUUUCACAGGCAGUAGAGAGAAAUAUGAUGGGCAUAGCUUGGGACCAUAUUUUGCUACUGUUGGAGAUCUACUCAUGGAUAUUCUAGAUGAAGAUCUUUGUGUUAGUUUGGUAGGACUGCCCUCCUGAUGGUUAAUCCUUUAUAUAAAAUUUCAUCCUUACAUUGUUUAGUUUUAAGUAUCUGGGUAUUUUGUUGCCAUGAUGGUUAAGUAUCAGAAAGUGAACGUGCUUCCACCUGUAGCUGGUGCAGCCUAUAGAUGCUCUAUGUUGGUUAAAUGCAUUCUGAUAUCCCUGUCUGAACUAUGCGAGAACAGAAAAGGGUAACAACUUUGGUUGCUUUUUUCUUUCUUUUUUUUUUUGGGCAUUUGGUUGAAGUUCUAAAUAUUUUAUCAACCUGUUAGUAUGUUUGACUUGUGUUUCAUCUUAUAUUGAGAUAGCACAUGGGGUCGUGAUUGUAGCUGUGAAGUGGCAGCUGAUGUCUCUUUUGUGUGAUAUGAUGCAUUGUGGGUGUAGCUUUGAAGUGAAAGUGAAUACAUCAUUUGCUGAGCUCUUGCUGUUCGCCCUCCUGGUUGGGAUGGGUUAGGAUGGAUUUAGGGCUGCCCGCUCUGUAUUUGAUGGCCUCUUAACUAGCUGUUUGCAGUUGGUCUUGUAGAAUUUCUCUGUGAGCUGCCAGACUUGCUGCUAGGUAAUUUGUUUGGAAGUUGAUCCCAGCUCUGGUACAUAUCUGGCCAAGAUACGUUUUCUGUUUAGGGUACAAUGCCUGUUUGGUCUCUAUUGACAUCAUUAUGUCGCCAUUCUCACAUGUGCACCGAGAUAUAACUUUCUAUUAGCAAUACCAAAAUAUUAUGAAACUUAGCUUUAUAGAUUGAGCUAGAUAUUGUAUGAAUAUUUGACAACCCUCC